AUGCCACACGUUCAAAUCGUUUCUGCGAAUUGUUGUUCACCUGCAUCAAUAUUUCAUACUCGUCGAGUUAAACCCCGCAGUCUUAGUCGACAUCUAUCCUUAAACAGUGAUUCUUCAAAAGAUACGAUACAUAGUCAAAAACGAAUAAUCACACAUUAUGUAUACUCAAAACUUGAAGAAUAUGCAACAAAAUCCAGUCAUUUAUGGAUUUUAACAAGUACUGAACAUAUUCGAAAACGUUUAUUACGUCGAACAAAAGAUUUAUCUACACAUCAUUCAAUUCCAGAACAUUUAGUACGUCAAUGGAUUCUCGAAACAUUAGAUAGUAUCGAUUUAACCAUUCAACAUCUUAAAACAAUGACAAAUUCACGAGGUGAAUUUAUCCAAAUAUUAUCUGGUAACAAGACGAAUGAACAAUUAAAAAGAAAUAAGUGGCGUAAAUUACAGUUAAAUCGUGCAAAAGAAAUAAUCAAACAAAAAAAAGACGAUGAUGAACUUUUAUAUGAAUAUCGUCAAUAUAUUCGAAAUAAAUUUACACCAAAACAUGAGACAAAAUCAUCUUUUCGUCACGAUACAUUUAAUAUAGACGAAGAAUAUAAAAAAGCUGAAUCAAUCAGUAAACAAUACCUUAUAUCAUUGUUAACAGAUUUUAAUAAACGUACAAAGCCAAAUUUACAUUUAUUAGAAGAAAUGAUUGAUCUCGGUCUAAAACAAAUGUUGAAACGUCCAAAAUUAGGUGAAUUUGAAGCAGUAACAAAAACAGAACAUAAUAUAUUAGCAAAAGCAGCUUUAAUCUAUAAAAUGAAAAAAGCAUAUGAAAUGAAUUUAAGAAAUCAAGCAGAUGACUUUAUGCUAUUGAGAUUUGGUCAAAUUCUUACGAAUUCGAACAAAAAUAAAACAGUUAGUGAAACAUUUAUGCAAUACAUUCACAUGUUUUUGAAUUCGGUAUCAUUAUUAGCACAGUACAUGAAAGAUGUUAAUGACAAUAAUAAUAUAGCAUCCGAUGAAUAUGAAAAUAUUUCCUCAUAUUUAGCGCCUACAGAUAAUUCAUCAGCAACUAUCAUCAUGUCACCAGAUACAUAUAUCGAUCAAUGGACUUGGCUAUUAGAAAAAUGGAAAGAAGCAUUAUGUACUUUUCCAAUUUAUUUAACUGAAUCUGGUUCAUUUAGUCGAUUAUUAAGAACAACAAUUGGUAUUGGUAUUGCAAGAUUAUAUGGUUUUGCUGAAAAUAAUGAAAAUAUUGCAGAAUUAGAUGUAAAAUUUUUUCAAGCAUUACAAAUGGGCUAUUAUUACGGUAUUGCCUAUGCUUUUGUCGACGGUUUACAAGAUGAAAGAGAAAAAGAAGAACAAGAUUCUUCGAUGACAUUACUAGCAUAUUCCGAUGUUGACAAAUGGUUGGCUAUAAUGGAAGAUGUUCUAUGUGGAGGAAGUUUUGAUCGUACUCAAUUACCAAAAUUAUCCGUAACAGAUAUAGUAUUGGAAACAUUUGAUUGUUUAAUUACAUUGACUAAUCAAAAUCAUAUUACAAAUGACACAUUUAAUGAUCUAGCAUUAUUAUUACAUUCUCAACGUUCAGACAUCAAAGAGUCAGAUAAUUUUUACUUUGAUCCUGAACUUUAUUUAGGUUCUAUGAUGAAAUCUCAUUUUACCUAUACGGCGACGGCUUUUAUGGGUGGUGCUCACUCUGUACAUAAUAGGGAACGUUUAUGGAUAAUGCCAUUUCUUGGUCAAAUGACAGAUGAUUGUAGAGAUUUUUAUGAUGAUCUAAAAUCUGGAUCUGUUACUUCAUUUACACAUUAUUAUCAACAAAAACAAAAAUGUCUUGAACAAAAGUCACUAAACCCAUUUUAUGGUUUUCUUUAUUUAUGUGAGGAUAUUUAUGUGAAUAGUAAAAAGGACAUACAAACAGGAGCAUUUCUUGGUCGACGAAUCAUUCGUACAUUUUAUUCAUUAGAGCUUAGUUCAUCUAAACUUUCUGAGUUUUUAGAUAUAUUUUUACAUCAAUAUCCAGACUUAAAAUCCUACUGUUGGUCAUUACGAGCAAAAUUUAAUCAAGUUAGUGAUCCAGAAAAGUCAUUUUUUCGUUCAUUAAAUGAAUAUGGUGUAAAAUAUGCACGAACACAUCGAAAAUUAGAAACAUAUGCCAGUGAUCAUUUAAAAUUUAUUGAAGAUAAUUUAAAAAUUGAUUCAACUUCAACGGAAAAUCAACAAGAACGAUUGUUAAUUGAUGGAAUCAACUAUAGUGUGAGUGCGGGUGGGAAACGAUUGCGUCCUCUUCUUCUAUUCAUGGUGGGUGAUUUGUAUCAACUUACAGCAAACAGUUUAAUUCCUUUAGCACGAGCAGUAGAAUAUUUGCAUACUAGUAGUCUGAUAUUUGACGAUCUUCCCGCACAAGACAACGCGAAUUUGCGACGAGGUCGAGCCACAUUGCAUACUUUUGUCGAUAAUGAAGUUCCGAAUACAUUAGCAGAAGGACGAGCACAAUUGGUGGCUGUUGAUCUUAUUUCUCAUGCCAUUACAUUGGUUAACACAGAUUUGGUUAAAAAAGGAUUUUCUGUUGAACGUAUUAAUAGUGUAGUAAAUGUACUUUCAAAAUCGAUGCACGAACUGUGCACCGGACAAAUGAUGGAUCUAUUUGCCGCACGCAGUCGUAUAAACAUAGAUAGUAGGACAAAUGAUAUUCUGGCAAUAUUAGAUAACAUUGCUUGGUUAAAAACUGGUAAAGCAAUUGAGGUUGUUCUGGUAUGUCCAGCGAUUUUAGCGGGAGUUUCUGAUACGAAAGAAAUUGAUCGAAUUCGAGAAUUAGGACGUCUGUUGGGUAUCUUAUUUCAAAUGAAAGAUGAUCUGUUGGAUGUCGAAGGAGAAUCAAUAGGAAAAACACAACUAAUUGAUCAACGCAAUCAUACCGUUACAUAUGUUUCGGUUCUCGGUCAAGAUGGUACAAAAGAACGAUUAAAAGUCUUUGAAAAAGAAGCUAAACAACUUGUAGAUGUUUUAUGGUCCAACGCGGGUACCAUUAAAGAUGUUAUCCGUUAUUUCAUUGAACGUAAAAAAUAG